AUGAUGCGGCUGAUGGCGGCGGUGAUGGUGCUGAUGGCAAGCGCCACAGCUACUUCUAUGGCCCCCUCCUCCUCCCUCUCCUCCUCCUCCUCUUCCACAUCCAAGUCGCUGAACUCUGCAUUGGGAUCUUGCCACGGCUUGCCAUACAGGCUGCGGGGAGGGUGUCCUGAGGAAGGGGCGGUUCGAGUGGAACUAUCCAAACACAGGCAGUCGAGUGCAGGCAAGCAACUUCGACUCAGGAGAGCGCCCUCCCUGCUCCAGCGAGCCCCUCAUGCGGAACCCCUGCAGCACGUGGUGGUCCUUCGAGGCGGAUCUGAGAGUUACAGCACGGGGAGCGAGUCCGAGAACGACAAGAAGCUGGGAACGAAGGAGCCGGGCUUCAAGUCCUACGGUCAUGGUGACGACGAGGAGGAGGAAGACGAGGAGCAGGACUUGCUGGACGAGGUUGAGAGGAGCCCUCACAACGUCGACGCGCUGAGGGAGCUGGGAUAUUACCUCUGGGAGGAGCUGGGAGAUCUGGACAGGGCAGAGUCGACGUUCCAGGACAAUGUCAAUUCCAAUCCCCGAGACCCAGUGGCUCUGUGUGAUCUAGCUAACUUCAUGUGCGAAGAGAGGAGGAACCUGACUAUGGGUGAGGAGCUGUACCUGAGAGCAGUUGAAAGCAACCCCUUCGACUCGCUCGCUCUCACCAACUACGCCGACUUCUUGGAGACUGAGAAGUUGGAUCUAGAGGGAGCGAAGCAAUACUAUCUCCGUGCUAUUGAAGGAAACCCGAGCGACGCUGAGAUUCUCUGCGACUACGCGGACUUCCUUGCACACAGGAUGAAAGACACCGAUGAGGCUCAAGUCUUCUAUAAGAGGGCAUGUGAGAAACGACCCCAUUGCCCCAAAACCCUCUCCGCGUAUGGAAGCUUUCUGAGUGGCCAAAACCAGACGGAGGAAGCUGAAUCUUUCUUCCUGCGAGCGAUAGACAGCAGCCCGCACGACCCGGAGGCUCUAUGUGAAUACGGCAGAUUCUUGUGGAAGGGCAUCGGAGACCUGGAGAAGGCCGAAAUCUACUUGAGGAGAGCCUUGAAGAGUAACCCCCACAACGAAGAGGUCAUCGACGAUCUGGCGGAAUUCCUGCGCAAGGGAAAGUGCAACGAUGGUGAAGCCUCUGAGAUCCUGGCCCUCAAGGAUCCAAUGUCAGACGAACGAUCGGACUGA